AUGUCUAAAUUUAAUACUGUUGUUUCUGGUUGCGCUGGAAACAUAGUGGUAGGAGAUCAUGCUGUUUUAAAUGUUGGAGCCUCAUCUACUGAUGGUAAGAAAAUGAAGUUCCUAACUUAGAAGAAUCUCUCACUGUGGUUGAACAUUUCACUUCCGGUUUCUUUAAGUGAAUUUAGCAAGAUUUGCGAAUUUCUUGAAGGGAAGCAAGUCUUUGCACUUCAUUUAGUUGCCUUAGUUUUAGGUGUCAGAUACGGUUUACCCGUGUAAUGUUGUAUUUACGAACAUAAUUUGCGCUGAAAUACAGAAAGUUGUGAAACUUUUAAGGACAAAUCGUGGCAAAAAUUGAAACCAUGUGAGAUUUGCAGACAAUUCUGAAAACUUAUUGAGCAAUUUUCACGGGAAUUCCGAAUCUUGAAAGUGACUUGUCGAUUUUCAAAACUAAACAAAUUUCAAAAUACUGAUUGUGUGCUGUAGUGCACGUCUGAGACUGGAAAUUCACUUACACACGUUUCUAGCUCAUUUCUUAAACCGCCAAAUUCAGUUGACACACCUUAAAGUUCGUUCGUCUGUUGAAAGAAGAAAGUUGCAACGAUGCGUGGCUUGUUAUAUAAAAUCCAACAUAUAUCUAUUACAUCUUUUGCUGAAGGAAUCGUACUGGACUUCGCAACUUGCAUCUGAGAAAAAUUAAAAACACUUUGCUGACUCUCUGUAACCAGCAAGAAGAAGUCCUCAAACCAAAAAUCGUUAAGGAUUAUAGGUCAUUUCGUCUUCAACAAUCUGGUCGUUGAUAAAGUGUAGCCUGCGUGAUAGGCAUUUGAGGUCAAACAGCAGAUAACAAGCACACGGGCAGCAUGAUUUUUCCUUUCUUUCUUCUAAUGAGUAAAACAAGCUGUUGGGAGAUGAGACUUCUCAAAACCAGUCAGUAAAACUCAUCUAGCUGAUAGGUCUUUUCCUUCAUACGGUUCUUUUAACUGCUAAAUUUUUUCUAUUCUCCCUUCAAGAUGAAAUUGAUACCUUCAGUUUCUAAUUCUAACAAAGAAUUCCGUACGGAAAUGUCAUCACGCUUCACUAGCAACAUAUAUAACUGAAAGAUCGAUUAAGCUACUCAGUAGCACGAUGUUGAUUUCCACCAAUCAGAUUAGGGUAUUAAGGCUGUGAUUGAAAUAUUUUGAAGACUGACCAAUCAGGAUUUUAAUAUUUGCCUGGUGGAUGUUAAAAACGAGAAAAUCAGUGGUGUCGUGGCAGGUGUUUCUGACCCUCCCUCCUUGCGGGCCCCUCGCGCCUCUCUCGCGCCUAAAUCUCCCUUCCCUUCCCUUUCAAACGCCUGCCACGCGGGCUUAGACAAAGGAAAAACAAAAAUUAACUGAAAAAAAAAAUUAACUACAACAUCUAUAUAUUAAAUAUCAUUUGUUGAAUUGAUUUUACAGCACGUCCACGGCAAAAACCACCCUCAGAGGAGGUACCCCCCACGGGACCUUGUAAGUUCAUCAAUAUUUGACCUGGUACUCUAAUAUUUAUCAAAAUAAAUAAUAAUUAAUACCCUUGAGACUCAUAUGAAACAGUGACCAAAGAAAACAACCAUGUUAGUCUUGCUGUGUGCCUGCAAUUCUCCCCAACUCAUGGCUGGGCUGAGCACAGAGGUUGGGUGUGCCUGUCUGUAAAGACAUUGAAAUAAUAAAAAAGUUUAUAGUGAUUAUAUAUACAUAGAAGAGAUGCCAACUGCCGGAAAUCUUAAAUCUGGGACUUGCAAUUCCCCCCUUCUUCAGUUACCCAAGGUUAGCUUCUUUCUUCAGAGCAAUGCUCAGUGAGUGAAAUAGUAUAAUUAUGGAUGCAGAAAGGAGACGAGGUGGCUACUUGUCAAUCUGUGAACAACAAAAGAUCACAGUCUCAAAGGAGUCAAAUUUUUGCUGCAGCUUUGACUUUGGUAGUACAUUAAGUCAAACAGACAUGUGUUGAGAACUACACUCCAUUUUCUUAAUGGAAGCCUUGGCCUCCUGUCAUCUUUUUGCAUCAUCAAAAUUUCCAUCUGUGACAACAGACAGUCAAUGGCAAAUUCUAUGAAACUGUAACAUGUGUACAAAAUUUUGGAAUUUUGGGGAAAAAUAGGUUAAUUUCUAAACUAAAGCACAGAAUUUGCUCAAAAGAGGAUUUUACUUAGGAGAAUUGGUGAUCUGUAUGGGAGACUAGGAGAUUGGUGCCAUAGCCAGGUGGCCUGUUCCAGGCAUGUACCCUUAGUAUAGGAAUUUAUUAUAUACAUACUGAGAAAUACUCACCAAAAAGUUGUGUUGUAAAUUUUGAUACGCAAAUGAGUUCUUAGCCAAUCAGAGGAGUGAACUAUGGUUUUCACACGUGAAAAAAAAAAAAUGAUACAUCCAAUCAGAAUCGCGAACGAUGUUCUUUCACAUGAGAGAAAAAUGAUACGUCCAAUCAGAAGCCAAAGAAGUGUGUGAGUUUCGCGCCAAAAUUCCUGCCUUUUCUUCCAGCUUGCUGGGCCCCGCUUCGCACACAUUCGAGGAGAAAAGUUUUUCUCAAAGAGUUUUUUUCCUUAAAAAAAUGAAAAACAUUUCAGAAAUGGAGUGGAAUAGUUUUGUUUGUUUCACUGUCGAUAAAGAAAACUGUAAAGGGCCGGCGAAACAACCGCAGAAGUCUUCCAUUUAUAUGUGUAAGCUUAUAUUGAAACUGGCCAUUUUACUUAAAAUCACUCAUUUUCAAUUGUACAUUCAGAACAAACAGUUAAGAUUACUUGUAGUUCUUGGAUUACCUCAUAUCCUUACUGUCAUUAAUUUUAUGUUUUUAAGAAACGUUUCUACUAAAAAACUGAUACUUUGUUUUCAUUGUUAUUUCGUGUUGUGUAGCAGCAAAUUUAAGCAUUUUGGAAAGAGUUAAAGUAAAAAGGCCACCAAAAUGAUGAAUGUCUCAGUAUGUAUACAAUAAACACAAUACCACAUGGAAAAUGCUGGCGUACCGUAUUUACCCACUCGUUGUUUUUGUAUCAGAAAUCUCACUCGUUCACUGCGCUCACUCAUUCGAUUUCUGAUACAAAAACAACUGGUGUGUAAAUACCGUAUGCCAGCACUUUCCAUGAAGUAUUCUCUAUAUAUGACAUAGCAAUUUAAUUCCUGCUAAUUUAGGUCCUACAAGGUGAAAUGGGUUUGUAACUGGUCAAUUUAGACAAUGGCCUAACCCACGUGCCUAGCCGCGCGCUGGGGCCAAAAAUUGUCACUGCAGGACCUUCUGUAUGUACAGUUGACCCUGCGGAAUGAUGGGCUUUCUUUAAUAAUUUCCCUUUUCUGCUUUUAUUUACAGCUCAUAUCCAUUGUCAAGAAUCUGGUGGUGAUAGCAUGAACUAUUUGGCAAAAUCUGGUUAUGUCUUGGUAAUAAAUAACUAUCUCUUCCCACAGAGGGUUAAUGUUGAGCGAACUGGGUCGAAUGAUGAUGUUCAGAACCUGACAAAUCUGUUUGAUGACUUUAACUUCCGGACCCGGACUCAUGAUAACCUAACUAGAAGUGAGAUGCUGAAGUUACUGACAGAAACUGCAGAGAAAGACUUCUCAAAGUAUGAUUGCUUUGUUUGUGUGAUCCUAAGCCAUGGUUCAAAAGAUGGAAUCUAUGGAACAGAUGAUGAGGUGAUUAAUAUUGAAGCAAUCACUUCACUUUUCCGCCGCGAUGAAUGCUCUUCCUUGGAAGGAAAACCAAAGAUAUUCCUGAUUCAAGCUUGUCGAGGAAAUCAACGAGAUAUAGUACCAGUGGAGAGUGAUAGUGACCCAAUGGUAUUUUCAAAUCCAAGUUUGCCAGCUGAUGCAGAUUUUCUCAUCUGUUUUGCUUCUGCACCAGGUCAUCAGAGCUACCGACAGCCUCUUCUUGGCUCGUGGUUCAUAAGCGCAGUUUUUGACGUGUUCAAGGAGCACGCAGAAAGGGAGCAUAUUAUGGACAUGAUGCUAAGAGUCAACAACCAAGUCGCGGGAUAUUUCAGUAAAGAUGGUCUGAAGCAAAUGCCAUGCCAGAUCUGCAUGCUGACAAAAAAAGUGUUUUUUCAACCAAGAUAUGGCAGUUCAUGA